CGCAUCCCCGCGCGCUCCCCGCACCCGCGCCGCUCCGGCUCUGGUUCCCGCAGCCCGCGGCGGCGUCCCGGCGAGGUCUGGCAGGUCCAGCCCGCGCACAGCUCGGCGGCGGCAGCUGCGGCGGGCGCAGAGCGGAGAUGCGGCGGCUCGGGGGCACCCUGCUGUGCCUGCUGCUGGCGGCGGCUGUCCCCACGGCCCCCGCGCCGGCCCCCACAGCGACCGCGGCUCCCCUCGAGCCCGGCCCGGCUCUCAGCUACCCGCAGGAGGAGGCCACCCUCAACGAGAUGUUCCGCGAGGUUGAGGAGCUGAUGGAGGACACGCAGCACAAACUGCGCAGCGCGGUGGAGGAGAUGGAAGCAGAAGAAGCUGCUGCUAAAACAUCAGAAGUGAACGUGGCAAGCUUACCUUCCAGCUAUCACAAUGAGACCAACACGGAAACCAAGGUGGGAAAUAAUACCAUCCAUGUGCACCGAGAAAUUCACAAGGUCACCAACAACCAGACUGGACAAACGGUCUUCUCCGAGACGGUCAUCACGUCUGUGGGAGAUGAAGAAGGCAAAAGGAGCCACGAGUGCAUCAUCGACGAGGACUGCGGGCCCACCAGGUAUUGCCAGUUUGCCAGCUUCGAGUACACCUGCCAGCCUUGCCGGGACCAGCAGACCCUCUGUACCCGGGACAGUGAGUGCUGUGGAGACCAGCUGUGCGUCUGGGGUCACUGCACCAAAACAGCCUCCAAAGGUGGCAACGGGACCAUCUGUGACAAGCAGAGGGACUGUCAGCCUGGGCUGUGCUGCGCCUUCCAGAGAGGUCUGCUGUUUCCUGUGUGUACACCCCUGCCUGUGGAGGGUGAGCUGUGCCAUGACCCCGCCAGCCGGCUCCUGGACCUCAUCACCUGGGAGUUAGAGCCUGACGGAGCUUUGGACCGAUGCCCGUGUGCCAGUGGCCUUCUCUGCCAGCCCCACAGCCACAGCCUGGUGUACGUGUGCAAGCCGGCCUUCCCUGGGAGCCGAGCUGAAGACGGAGAGAGCCUGGGGCCCAGGGAGGCCCCCAACGAGUACGAGGAUGGCAGCUUCAUUGAAGAGGUGCGCCAGGAGCUGGAGAACCUGGAGAGGAGCCUGUCUGUGGAAAUGGCACUCGGGGAGCCCGGUGCUGCCUCUGAGCUGCUGGAAGGAGAAGAGAUUUAGACAGAGGCCUGUUCUGUGGGUAGACAUGCGAUAGAAAUAGCUAAUUUAUUUCCCCAGCUGUGUCCUCUAGGUGUGGGCUUACCGGACUUUUUUCCAUGGCCUCUUCCCAGUACAUUUUCCCUCUGGCUUAAAACAAAACGAGGUGCUGUGCAUUUGUCCAGCUCCCGCUGACUGUACACCAUCCAUCACAGUCCGGGUGCCUGGGUCAGGCGGGGCGGGGGGUGGUGGGAAGUGUGUGGGAGGGUGCAGGGCUGCUGCGCUGGUCGAUUACUGGCCACUUGGCCUCUGGUGGCUGGCACCUGGCACGUUUCCUUUUUUCUACAUCACCUUGAGAAUUG